CAUCCCCAUCCCCAGUUAUAUAUCACAUCACCUUCCCCUGCUUUCAGCACCCCACACUCUUGAGCUAAGCUAAGCAAGCCAGCACCUCGAUCUAGCACCACUCCAGCAAUGGCGUCGUCCAGGAGAGCGCUCAUCCUGCUGGCGGUGGUGCUGGCGGCGGUGCCGGCGGCGCUGAGCCAGAAGACGACGGCCCCGGCGCCCGAGGCGCCCGAGACGCCAGACGCGCCGGCGGCGGGGACGACGCCCAAGGCGGCCGCCGCGCCGAACGUGACGGCGGUGCUGGAGAAGGCCGGGCAGUACACCAAGUUCAUCCGGCUGAUGGCGUCGACGCAGCAGGACACGCAGCUGAACGCGCAGGCCAACGACUCCGACACGGGCUUCACGGUGUUCGCCCCCACCGACAACGCCUUCAACAGCCUCAAGCCGGGCACCCUCAACUCGCUCUCGCAGCAGGACCAGGUGACGCUCGUGCAGGCCCACAUCGUCCCCACCUUCUACUCCAUGGAGUCCUUCGAGACCGCCAGCAACCCCGUCCGCACCCAGGCCUCCGGCACCGACGGGCCCUGCACCGUCAACGUCACCGCCACCAGCAACAGCGCCGUCAACGUCUCCACCGGGAUCGUCCACACCACCGUCGGCACCGCGCUGCGCGCCACCAGGCCGCUCGCCGUCUACUCCGUCGACAAGGUGCUGCUGCCCAUGGACCUCUUCGGCCCCAAGCCGCCGGCCUCCGCGCCCCCGGCCCCCGGCAAGAAGCCCUCGUCGGCCAAGGGGGCAGCCAAGGCGCCCUCGGGCGACGACGAGGACGAGGAGGAGGCCCCGCCCGCCGGAGCCGCCGCAGCCGUCGGCGCCGGCUGGAGGAGCCUCGUCGCCGUGGUGGCCGCCGCCGCCGCCGCCGCGUGCCUCUUGUAAGAAGAAGAAAGUGCGAGAGAGGAUCAUGAUUCGUGAGACCGACAGAUCGAUGGAGACUAGCUGCGUGCAUGUUGUGCAUGGAUUUGGAUAGGUUACUAGUUCUUGCAUUAGUGGCUGCUUCUUCUCUCUCUUUUUUUGUUAAAUGUCCAUUUUUGUUCUCUUUCUUUUCCUCCCCUGUUGAUGGGCUAAGAUGUGAUAAGAUGUUCCACUGUUGAAUCACGGCGUUAAUUUGUUGGAUGAUUAAA